GCAAAACUCGUUGUAUUUUUAGUUUCGUAUGAUCGUAAUGUUCUUAAUCUCCAUGAUUUUUGAUAAGCCUUGUCUUUAUUAAAUUAAUAAUUUUAAAUAGGAAGUUUUUAUUGGUUUCCCCACCCACACACAAAACAAAUUGUAAAAUAAAAUUAUUGAGAAUAAGAAGUGUACAUUUAAAGUGUUUAACUCGCAAAUGUAAACACAAGGAGUGAUGAAUAUUUAAAGUUAUUGUUUAUUUGUCCAUCGAUUCAUAAAUAAAAGAGUUUUAAAUAAACAGAUAAAUAAAUAAUCAGUUCAAUAACAUCUCAAUUUUUCUUGUUGUGAAUCAAAAGCAAGUUCGUGUGAAAGGUGGAACGUAAAAAAGCGGGAACUUAAACAAUUAUUGGUUGUCACACCAUGGACCAAAGAUAAAGGCCCACAGAAGCCAAAAACUAUAUUUAUAUCUACGAUCCAAAAAAGUAAGAAAAAAUAAUCAAAAGUCAGAUGAAGACAGACAAUCUCCAAGACAAUCCAAUCUUAAUAGAAUACAAAAAAAAAGAAGGAGGUAUAUUUUGGAUGUGAGAAGAUAAUUGGAAAUCUAUCACCAAUUUAAAACCCUUCAGAGGUUUGGAAUUAACCAUCACACAGUUUGAUGUAAAUCGCCCUCUGCCGCAGCGCUCUACCAAAGACAUGGCGACUCGAUGAUUCAGAUUCAGAGUGCAUCAUCAUUAAAAAACGAACUAAAAAACCACCUUCCUUGUUUACCUUGUCCAUCUCCCCCAGGCCAACACCUACUCCUUAGCAUCAACAUACUAUAUAGCCAAAGCCAACUAUACAGAGCACAGGCAUCGCAUAGCAGUGGAACGCUCUCAAGUUCAGCACUUUAGUAUUUUUUAUCACCACCGUUGCGCUCUUUUAUGUGACUUGUUUGUGACGUAUUCAGAAAUAAGAACAAACAAAACAUAGUCUUCUAUACACUGUCCCUUUAAAAACUCUUCUCAUCCACAAACCGUCGGUCGCGACGUCACCCUGCUUCUCUAUCUCUUUCCUGCAGCGCAACAACCACUUGUAUCACCAACAGCGACAGCAUUUUCAACCAACACAAACAUUUUCCCAAACCAAAUACUUGUUUAGCUGUGUGUAUAGAUACUUUAAUUUUUUGUUUUUUCAAGACCGAGAGCUCGAGCUCGAGCUUUAAGUUCUUCUAAAUGAGUAGCGAACUGUCUGUCAGUGAAACAACACCGCUUCGCCGGCCGGAUCUUAGCGAGGAACUGUCCACAUCUACACCGACUCGUAGUGUGAACGCGAAUAAUAUUCAUCAAACUGCUUUGAAUACGAACGGUACAAUUAUCAAUAAAACUUCAAAUUCAUCAUCGCGUCACAACAACAAUAAUAACAUAGAAAUCGAUUCCGGAAUUCAUCGCAUUGACAAUAACUGUGAUCAUAACUCAAUAACCAUGGAGACGAAUAAAAGGAUACUCUGUCGUAUUGGAACGGAUCUGCUGAUCUUAAUGUGUGUUGGAUUUCCUAUUUUGUUGUUCUUUCUGUUGGGCGAUCCGUAUAAAAGAGGUUUUUUCUGUGACGACGAGUCUUUGAUGCACCCGUUCCAUGAAUCUACAGUCAAGAGCUGGAUGUUAUACAUUAUCGGAUUAGUGAUACCGGUGGGAAUUGUAAUCGGAGUGGAACUGGUCAAGGCUAAUAUGAAGCCGCAAACAACUACCACUCGACGAUUCGUUUUCAAUGGAUGGGAGGUACCGGAAUGGUUGAUAGAAUGUUAUAAGAAGCUCGGAGUCUUUGGAUUUGGAGCCGCAAUGUCCCAACUUGCAACUGACAUCGCAAAAUAUUCCAUUGGCCGACUGAGACCUCACUUUUUUGCUGUAUGCCAACCUAUAAUGCGCGACGGUACCAAUUGCUCGAAUCCAAUCAACGCCGGACGUUACAUAGAGGAGUUUACAUGUCUCGGAAUCAAUUCCACACCACGAAUGUUGAAGGAAGUUCGCCUCUCUUUCCCUAGUGGUCAUUCUAGCUUUUCUACCUUCACAAUGGUCUACAUGGCUCUUUACUUGCAAUCUCGUAUGAAUUGGAAGGGAUCAAAAUUGCUAAAACAUUUCCUCCAAUUUUUGUUGAUUAUGAUUGCCUGGUAUACUGCACUGAGUCGUGUUUCCGACUACAAACAUCAUUGGUCGGAUGUAUUAUCCGGUAUGACUAUUGGUGCCCUUUUUGCUGUUAUUGUGGCAAAUUGUGUAUCGGAUUUAUUUAAGAAAAACCAUAGCUCAUAUUUACCCACAACAAGGCCGGAUAGCAGCAUUUCACCACAGACAAUAACCAAUGGUCAUUCUUAGACUAUAAGCUCCGAACUUAAGGAUAACCAAUCGUAUAUAGAUUUCAAGCACCUCAAGUGUCUUCCAAAAAAUUAAAAGAAAAAGUGUCUACAAUUAUUUAUUUUCCCUUUAUUAUCCUCUGUUUAAAAUAUAGUAUAAUUUUAUUGUUUUAAUAAAUGAUCUACAAAUAUUCUGUAAAAUAGUAAGGUAAUGUUGUUUCUAUGUAAUAGAAUCAUUAAAAAUACCAAUCAGUGUUUUUAAUAUUAGGCGUGUUUUCUUUAUUAAAAUAACAAGCAAUACUGUUCUUGAUUCGGUGAAGAAGAAAACACGCAUAUUAUUAGAUAAAUUCGAGUCAAUAAAUUAAAAUACUGGACAAAUAAUAAUUUUAUUUUUUAAAUCAUUGCUUUAAAUUAUUAUAAAUUAAGUGUGUGUAACAAUAAAGAUUAAAAUAUUAAAGCAUACAUUCUAAAAAUUAACGAUAACGAAAAGUCAGUCAAAUUAAUAACACAAUCACAUUUAUACGUGCUCCAAGCACAACACUACAAGUAUUUUUAAAAAAGUUCAAAAGAAUAUUUUAUUUAAAUUUAACAUUUUGUUUAAGAAUUCAACAAAGAAUAGAAAAUUAAUAACUACGCCUGACUUAAAACCUUGAUCCUGAAAACAAACAAAAAAUCAACAGCAAAAAUGUAUGAGCUAAAAAGUAAAAGUUUGAUUGUAAAUACUAAAAAUGCAUUUUCUAUGAGAAAAAGAUGAAACGUUAAACCUUUGGGAAUUCUAAAAUUUCAAAAUUGUGAAAAAAAAUAAAUAAGCAAUAACUUAUAUUAAUUUAUAAUUGUUUAAAAAUUUGCAUUUAGUUUUUGAAAGUUUAAGCGUAGCUCCGUCUACAUAUACAUACAUAAAUAGGCCUUAUAUUAUCGUGUAAAUUAGAGUAAGAAAAUGUUUUUAUUUAUAAGUUUUAUUGUAAUGGUAAAAUUAUUAAAAAAAUAUAUUUAAUAAAUAAAACUUUUAUUUUACAAAAAAAAA